GUCCAAAACGCGACGCGCUAGCCAUAGAUGGGGCGUCUCGUCAAAUGAGUUGCGCAUGGGUCAGGUUUCAGGUCCGAGGUAACGACAAUGGCGCGUGGAAAAUUACUCAUAUUACCAGUUUUCCCUCACUAAAACGGCCUUUACUUGCUAAAAAAGUCUGCGCGUUGUGCAACGCUAAAAGCAUGCGCGAUUUAAUCGCGUGAGUAACGAGUGAUUCAGUAGCAAGGCGCGCGCAUCACGGCGGCUCUAAUAAUAACAGAUUGAAGAUGGCGGAGUUUUCUCCGGUGCUGCGGGAUGAUGGAGGAGGCGUACGGUACGGACAGCCCUUGUUCCCUAGAUCCCUGUGUGGUUCGGAGUCGGACAGUGAAUUAUCGCAGAGUUUGGCCCGCACGAAGACGCGCUCCUACGGGAGCACAGCGAGCGUCACCGCGCCGCUAAGUGAGACCUACGUAGAGCACCGGGUAACGGAUGGAGACACGCUGCAGGGCAUCGCGCUCAAAUACGGCGUUACGAUGGAACAGAUCAAACGUGUAAAUAAACUCUUCAGCAGUGACUGCAUAUUUCUGCGUAACACUCUCAAUAUUCCUGUUAAAUCUGAAAAACGUUCCCUCUUUAACGGACUGUCUCUGGAGUCCCCGGACAGCGAGGAACACGCGUCACAGGAGUCGCCAUGUGUUAGUCAGGAUGUGGACGCACCAUCCCCUCCACCAGACCCGGUCGGCCCAGAGCCCAACACCCGGCCGGUGCACGCUGAUGAGCUGUCCGCUAAAGACUACUUACACCGACUGGACUUACAGAUCAAACAGUCCAAACAAGCUGCCCGCAAACUGAAUGAGGAUAAUGACAGGGAAGAUGAUGACACAACACAAUCAAUCUCAUCAUAUCAGGAAAUCUGAUGGGUUCUUCAGGAGUGACCCUUCAUCAUCAUUUUUUUUCUUCUCCUUCUUUUAUACUCGUGUAUCACCUGAGCUGUGACACAGGAUCAUACUCUUGUGCUGAGGGUUUGCCAUUGCCUUUUUCAGCAGUAUUAUAGCAAUUUUAAUUCAGAUUUUUAGCAGUAAUUUCACAUGACAAUAUAGCAGCAGGGUUUAUCUGUUUAGACAACAGCACUCCACAUGUAGAAUACAAAAUAUAGACUUAUAAUAAAUGUCUUCACACUGUCGCUGUUUAUGUGAAAUACUGCAAUACUCCGUAACGUACAAGCCCAGACUCUUGUUUUGUUUUUAAUUUAUCUUUGUUUCAUUUGCCUAUAUUAAAAGCUUUGUGUGGGAUUGAAAGGGAUGCAUAAUCUGUUGGCGUGAAUGUUGUGUGCUUUUGUGUGUGUGUGUUGGGGUUUAAUAAUGUUUUACUGUGCUGUUUUUGGGUUAUGCAGAAUAAAUGCUUCUAUAAGAUGA